CUUUACUAGUAAAAUUAUUUUUUUAGAAAAGAGUUUAGCUGAGCUGUUUUAAAAAAAUUGUUUAGCAAAACAACUUCACCUGGUGAGGAAAGAAAGAAACGAGAGAAAGAGAGCUAGGAUAAGCUACUUUUUUUUUUCCAGUUUCAUGCCAACUCGUGUAUUUGUGAGAAGAAAAGAAAAAUAGUUUCACCUAUGAAAAUGUUUGAGUGUUUGAAAAAAAAACAGUCUAAAAAAAUGGUAUUGAUCAAAUAAGUAUUAUUGUAUUGGUUAUAAAAUAUAUUUUCAUAGUAAAUAUAUUUUAAGACAUAAAUAUUGAUAUUUUUUUCUACAAAUUAAAUGAAACUUGAUAAAAUUUGACUAGUCUCAAACUUAAAAUCACAUUCUUUUUUAGCACAGAGGGAGUAGUAGCAUAACUGGCAACACGUUGUUUUAUCUCUUCAGGUAAAGUUUCACAAACUGAGACAUGUUCCAUUCUGACCUUACAUGUCACCAAAAAACAUAAUUAACAUGAUUUUUUUUAGCAAUAUGCCUGUUAGAAGUUGCACUCAAGUUUUUAGGCCUUUUUUUUAAAAGCAUCAAAUUACUUUAUAGAUAGCUGAAUUUUGCAAAGCUUCGAAACAGAAUGGUUCAGUUAGCACUCAAGAGUCAAUGCCUGUGGAAGUUGGAACAUGCAGAGCUAGCAAACCACUCUCCAGUCUUCGCGCCACCCACCACCGUCUCCAUCUCCAUGCAGCUCUUUCACAUAGGCAGAGCAAGCAAACUACUCCACGAAAAAGCACGGGAAAUCUGGCUUUUGGUGUCUUGCCGCUAUAAAUUCAUCAAAUCCAGCGCGCUCCAACGCCGCAGGAAUUCAGCCAUUCAGCACGCCUGAUUCCACUCCAGAAACUAAAGCAAGCAUGCCGCGCCACCUCGCGCUCCACGCGCUCGCCGCCGCGCUGCCGGCGGCGUCAGGCAGCCACCUCGGCCCCGCGGUGGCGGCCGUGGCAGCUUUCCUGGCCGUGUGCGCGCUGGCGCUGGCGCUGUGCGCGUCGCACUCGGCGCCCGCGGGGCGGCUGCGGCGCGCCCUGGCCAGCGUGAGCCGGCGGCGGACGGAGCCGGCCAUCGCGGCCGUGCACCAGGUGCAGCCCGGCGGCGGCGAGGCGUCGCCGUGCGUCUGGCAGAAGGGCAUCCUCAUGGGCGGCAAGUGCCAGCUCCCCGACUUCUCCGGCGUCAUCAACUACGACCCCGCCGGCAACCUCGUCGCGCCUCCCCGCCCUGGCCGCGCCGUGCCCGUGCCCGCCGCCAUUGGGCUUGGCUGGUGAAAGACAGAAGAGGAUUUUUAUCAAAGCAGUAUUAGGAGUUCGAAAAAUUCGUGUGUCUAUUUUCUGUUUGGAGUUCGAAUUCUGGUCUUGAUAUUUUGCAGUCAUUGGUGGCUAAUAACUGAAAGUUGCCACCUGAAUUCCUGAAACUUGUUAUUCAGUUUGACACAUCUCGUGUGCCAACAUUGCACUGCUCUGUAAAGAAAAAACCACUGAAAAGAGUGAGAGUUUGGUAAA